CGAAAUUCGACGUACACUAAAGUCAAGAUAACAUUAAUGAAACCAGUGCUCAACAACAAACAAAAAUUCCUCGAAAUUGGUUUGAUGGCCGCCGCAACGGUUACUAUGGUGAUGUCAAUGAUCGUUAUGUCGUAUCUAAGAUUGAAAAAAUCGACGAAGCUGUUUGUACACAAAAGCCUGAUGUUGAGUCUUUGCAUGGCUAAUGCGGUUUACAUGGCGGAUGUGGCUUUUACCGCGAGGAACGAUUAUCCGGACGCGUGCUCAGCUCUUGCUGUUGUUCAGCACUACUUCCACACAGCGGUCUUUUCAUGGAUGCUAGCAGGAGCCGUUCAUUUGUACUUCAAACUGAUCAAGGUGUUCUCUCCUUACGACCAACGGAUCACAUACUGUCUUAUUGGAUGGGGAAUACCAGUUUUGAUUGUGGGUACUGCAGCUUUGAUCAAACCAUCCAUCUACGACAUGGCGCCAGAGCAUCAUGACGUUGACUGUGGCGAUCAGUUGAGUUACCAUAUAUCGAUCAUCAGAGAGUUCUGCUGGUUGAAUGAYGGAUUGUGGAUAUACAAUGGACCAGUAGUGGGGAUUCUUGUGAUCAACGUAGUUCUUUUUGUCGUUUUCCUUCGUAUCGCUUWUGGAAAAAUUGCUUCAAGAAUUCCAAACAACAGAGUAAAGAAAGCAAAAAAGAUGUUUAAAGGUGUAGCUGCCCUUCUACCCAUACUUGGCAUUGCAUGGUCACUUGGUUUCGCUGUCAACUUUCAUUGGAUUCUUCUUUACAUUUCAAUUGUCGUCAACUCUUCUCAGGGCAUCUUCCUGUGUGUGGUCCACUGUUUUAUGGAUGAAGAGGUUAGAAAAGCUAUAAGACUUCUAAAACAGAAGAAACAGGCGUCCAUUGAUAUAAUUAGAGUAGUACAAGAAGGGCRACAGACUGACGCAUUUCAUGAAGCAAUGGAAAAAGCCGCAGCUUGCGUUAACUCAGAGCAACAAAGUGCAAGCACUGGUAAAAGGAUUGUUUUUUUUAUUGAAGAAGCUACAAUCAUGUCUACUAAAACAUUCCUGAGAUGCCGAGGGGACACCGGUUUGGUCAGCUCAUGGUACGAAAGCAAAAGUUUGAACUUCGGGACCGAUUUAUUUCUCUUCUGCUUUAGCUGUGAUUUUGAUAUUUCCUAA